AAGAGUUCUCAACUGAACUGGACUAUGGUGCUGGUUUGUCAGUCCCUAGUGUACAACGAUUAAAAUACCCGCAUGAUCACGUGUUUGUUCGGAUUCGUGGCGGUAUCACUGCAUCACUUGCAUCAGAUCCGGAUCCGGCGCAAACUGGCGCCUUUAUUUGUUAUGAGCAUUUGAGCAAUUUAAUCUACGGCUCCACCUCGGGCUCCACCUCGGAAACCUAGCUGAAGUUCAAGGUAGAGAAGGGGAAGAAGUUCGAUCGCAGAGCGCACUUGGCAGUCAGGAAGAAGGAAAACAGCACUCGCUAUGUCGAUAUCGGAGGGGCUUAGCCUUCGCAAAACAAAUUCAAGAAUUGAUAUUGAAAAACCAAGAUGGGAUCAAAGUACCUACAAUGGAAGGGCCCGUCACUUUUUGACCUUGACGAAUCCUUUAAAUGCUUUCGCCUCGUCCAGCCAAUUGGAGCGGGCCCGGCAUAUCGUUCAAAAAUACAGAAACGGGGCUACUUUGGAGGAAUUGGGAAUUAAAGAAGAUGAACUUUGGGCCAACAAGUAUCUACACGACAGCGCCUAUCAUCCGGACACUGGAGAACAGAUGACCUUGAUUGGUCGCAUGAGCGCACAAGUUCCAAUGAACAUGAUCAUCACUGGAUGCAUGAUGACGUUCUACAAAUCCACACCAGCUGUAAUAUUCUGGCAGUGGUGUAAUCAGUCGUUCAACGCACUUGUCAAUUACACAAAUCGUAGUGGAUCAACUCCAAUUCCAGUGGAGACUUUGGUCCAGAGUUAUGUCGGGGCAACAGGAGGUGCAGUAGUGACUGCACUGACCUUAAAUCGACUCGCCAAGAGGGGACCGCCCUUGGCUGGUCGACUUGUUCCCCUGGCUGCAGUCGCAGCUGCCAAUUGCAUAAACAUUCCUUUGAUGAGAAUCACCGAACUCAAACAUGGCAUCGAACUUCAAAACGAGAAGGGAGAAAAAGUUGGCAACAGCAAAAAAGCAGCAAGGGAUGCUAUUACUUCGGUUACGGUCUCUAGAAUUCUUAUGGCAUCACCCAGUAUGGGUAAGUGGUAACAUGUCCGGCUUGUGUUUCUUCAAUCUCCAUGAAACUGUACG